GUGACAAGUGUGAUUGUUGACGUUCCUUAACCUAAAAUACUCCAAAAUGUUGAAAACCCGUGGAAAUCGUGAAUAAACACCGCCAACAAUGAAACAAUUGACGAAAAAAUGAGAUUGAGGUGACAGGGGGAUCGAAGCAUCACCCGAGCUUCAAAAAUGGGCGGGAGAGGCCCUCCAAGACUUCCUGCAAUUUCGUGUACUUACGAGGCUUUAGUAGUUUCCCUGGCAUCUCUCUGCUUCAUAAAUUCGUACGACGGAGAUUUCGUCUUCGACGAUUCACCUGCUAUCGUCAAUAAUCCUGACGUCUCGACAAAUUCGUUAUCAAAGAUAUUUGUUAAUGAUUUUUGGGGGAAUAAAUUGACACACAGACAGAGUCAUCGGUCUUACAGACCCCUGACAAUCUUAACAUUCAGGUUUCACCACUGGUUGAGAGGGCAUUUGAACUCGGCAGAUUUCCACAUAAUAAAUUUAAUCCUCCACUCAAUUGUUUCAUUGUUGACUCUCAUUGUUUUCAAGAAAUUAUUUAAAAGGGAAUCGAGAUAUCUGGCUUUUUAUGCUGCUGUGCUUUUUGCUGUUCAUCCAGUACAUUGUGAAGCUGUUUCGGGAAUUGUUGGUAGAGCAGAUGUUCUCAGUGCAAUGUUUGUUUGGCUCUCGAUAUUGUCCUACGACAAAAGUAUUUGUUGCAUACGUUUAAACAAAAUGUUCUUAUAUUUGUUGAUUUGUGUGAUGUUUAUAACUGCUGGAAUGCUGUGCAAAGAGACGGGAAUCACAGCGAUUGGCCUGUGUGUUGUCUACGAUUUAUCAAAACUCCACGAGAAAAAUCCCCAGAUGCUGCGAACCCCAGGAGACGUGAAAUCAACAGUUGUCGAAAAUUACAGAUUUAUAAUUCGUUUAUCUACUUUAAUCAUCACUGGGGUGAUCCUGAUGGGGAUCAGGUUCAGUCUCAUGGGGUUUUCCCCGCCGACUUUCCAGGCUGUCGACAACCCCUCGUCAUUUCUGAACAGCUCUUCACUUCGUUACAUCAAUUAUCAGUACAUUUAUUCCCUGAAUCUCUGGUUACUCGUCUGCCCUCAUUGGCUGUCCUUUGACUGGUCCAUGGGCAGUGUUCCUCUCAUUGUUGAAUGGGAUUGGAGAAUGUGUGCAAUUGUCUUUUUAUGGACUUUUUUCCUGUUGUUUUUUGGAGCUGCUGUGAGGCAGCCACAUCGAGAUUAUUCAAGGUACAUCCUGACAGGUCUAUCCCUCCUGAUAAUCCCCUUUCUCCCCGCGAGCAAUCUCUUCUUCAACGUGGGUUUCGUCCUAGCGGAGAGGACCCUCUACCUCCCCUCAGCAGGCUACUGUCUCCUCCUGACCCUCAGUCUCCAGAAGCUCUGCGAACUCCUCGCCAGUCCUAAGAUCCCCCUCCUCCUGUACACGAUCCUCAUCACCACCUGGUUCGCAAGGUCCUGGAGCAGAAGUGCUGAAUGGAGAACAGAGUUGUCACUCUUUCGUUCUGCAUUGCACGUCUGUCCCCUGAACGCUAAAGCUCACUACAACGUUGCUAAGAGCGCUGCUGACCUGGGGAACGUCACCCUGGCAGAGGCGGAGUACAGAGAGGCCUUGAGACUUCAUCCUGAGUAUUCCCAGGCCAUGAACAACCUGGGGAAUCUGCUGAAGGACCAGGGGAGGUUCCAGGAUGCUGAGCAGCUGCUGAGACGAUCUAUUGAGCUUCAAGAGGAUUUUGCAGCAGCCUGGAUGAACCUGGGAAUUGUUCUGUCGGCAUUAAAAAAAUUUGAAGAGUCUGAGAACUGCUACAAGACCUCGUUGAUGCAUAGAUCAAAUUGUCCUGAUUGUUAUUACAAUUUAGGGAUUUUGUACAUGGAGCAGAAGGAGUACUCGAAGGCCCUCGUCGCCUGGGAUGAGGCGAUCUCCAGGAAAUUGAAGCACCGAAGAGCAUGGACCAACACCAUAAGACUCCUGGACGACAUGGAUUUACCUGAAAAGGCAUUGGAGAAGGGGGAAAAGGCGAUGGAACUGUUCCCCGAGGACGCAGUAAUUCGUCUGAACAUUGCAAACAUCUUGGGGAAACUUGGGAAAUUCCCCGAGGCUGAGGAGGAGUUCAGAAAUGCGUUGAGAUUAGACCCGAGGAAUCCAACGAUUUUUACAAACUUGGGCGUCCUCUACCACCGAUGGGAUAAGUACGACGCAGCUAGGGAAAUGUACACCAAAGCCCUGGAGAUAAACCCCCGGGCGCGGAGUGCCCGAGACAACAUGAAGAAGCUCCAGAGUCUAUUGAAGAAACAAAAGUUGAGAGUUUCUCAAUAAAGAAUCAAUUUUCACAUU